AUGAGUUCACCAACACCGAAAGUAAAUCAUGUUAAAAUUUAUCCAUGGUCUCAAAAAAAAUUAAACAAAUUUAAUCCUUUUCCACGUAAUGGUCACUCUGUGAGUGACCAUGUGAUAAGUAAUGAACUAUUCAUUUUCGGUGGUUUUGUAAAUGAAAAAGCUACAAAUGAAUUGUUUGUUGCUGAUGUUAGUAAACAUGGGGCUGCUCUUGUCGCUGAUGUCCUCUACAUUUUUGGUGGAAGAACUCAAGAUGGAGAUGUAUUGGGUGAUUUGAUUGCACUUAGACUUACAACUAGUCCUCGAUAUGAUCCUUCCAUGGUUGUGGUUGAUCAAGACAAGAUUUUCGUUUUUGGUGGCGAAUCAGAUGGAACUAUAAGACCUGACGCUGAUGGAAAUAUCCAUAUAUUAGACACAUGUGAGUUUAACUCCAACUCCCAAACCCCUAAGCAACAGACAGUUCAUCGUAAACAAUUAUCGAUUACACCACCGUUAAAAGCGUCAGUACAACCAAAAGAACAGUCUAUCAUGGAGGAUUUAGAAGAAACCAGUUCAUCUUUAAAAUCAUCAAAUGCUUCGACACACUCAAAGCGACCUUCAUUAGUUGAAUCCUCUCCAGAUUUAAUACAAAGUCAUUCUAUUUCACAAAGGUCAACAAGUCUUAAUCAAUCAAAUAAUCAAGGUUCACUAUCAUCACAACCAACUACUCAAUUAUUUAAUGAAACCUCGGGAGAAACAUUACCAUCAUCUAAGGUUGAAUCAAUGUCACAACGACAGCCUCCUUUACCACAACCUAUGACUGAAGUUCCUGAAAAAAAUCCAUCGAUAAUAUUAAAGCAGCAAUCUCUUGAAAUUACUCGGCCCUUACAACCAAAGAUUGAGAGCCAUCGGAUUCAUCUUUCUCAACAACAAAGGCAAUCUUAUGAUACAUUUGGAAAAGCUAAAUCCAAAGGACUCGGGAUUACUGUUCCUGUAGAAAGUGCUAAUUCAAAAUCUCAGUUAUUAGAUGCAAAUUUUUAUCAGCAUCCUCCAGUUCCCCCUCCAGUUGAUUCUGAUCUAAAUAAUUAUGAAAUGAAUACAAUUAAUAAAUAUGGAUCACCAAAGCAAUCUCCAAAUAUAAAUGAACUUAAUCCUUCAGAAAAUGAAACGCUUUCUUUAACACCUUUAUCAUCAUCAGAUACGUCAAAACCGUCUCGUUUUAUGACUGAACAAAUUCCUGCAAAUUCUUUAGAGACAGACGUCCUUUCUAAAACAAAUAUUUCUGAAAAUCAAUUCACUGAUUCUUAUAAAGACGAUUUAUUUAAGGAUUUUGAUACUGUAAAUAAUUCAGUUGAAAAUUCAAAAACGAAUAAUAUAGGAAAUACUAUGCUUGAAAGUGAACAAAGUAAAAAUAUAGAAAACAAACCCGUAUAUGUUAGGCAUGAGAAAGAAAAUUCUCAAUCUUCUACGAAAUCGUUUAUGUCUAAUAAUGAGACAAGUACUCAAACUCAAGAUAAUAUUUAUGUUGCUCGUGAAAGGAAAGAGAAACGUCCAAUUGGUGCUAGACCUCUUGUUCAAAAACAAUUCGUGCAAACUGACAUUGAAAGUUCUACCAUGCAAAACAAUUAUAUAAAUGGUGUCAAUUCUCCUAUUUCGGAUCAUAUCGAUAGUUCUGAAGAGAUCGAUGAAGAUCGUAAUACAUCUCCAUUACAAGAGGAUCAUUCUGAUUUUCCAACAUCAUCAACUUUUGAUAUAAAUAAUAUUGUAUCUUCAAAAUUAAUGCUUGAUAAUGCAUUACAAGAAGAACAACGUGUGAAUCUAACACCACCAAAUUCUGAGAUAUCAAAUAUUGUACCUUCAAAUUUAUCCGAUAAUGAAGUCUCUAUUCCUAUACCAACUCCCACUACUGGAUCCACUUACGUAUCUCCUGAAAAUGAUAAUCUUGAUCCCCAAACUUCUGGAGAUGAACGAGAUACUUAUUUUAAAGAAGCCAUCCAACGUGAUCCAAGUGUUGUUGAAUUUGAACAACGUGAACAGUGGUUCAAUAAUGAGUUGGACUCCGCAAAAAAAUUAGGAUAUAAUUUGGAUUUGGAUGACGAUGAAAAAAUGACUGAUGAAUUGGAUUUUGAACAAUUAUCUAAACUUUUGGAUCCCAAAAGUGAAAAGUACAAGAUUAUGCAAUCUAUUUAUCACAUGCAACAAAAGUUGAAAAAGGCAAAGGAAAAUAUAGCUAAUCAAGCUUUAAUUGCAACACAAAAAAUUGCGGCAGCAGAACAAGCCCAUGAAGCAGCCAUUCAAGAAGCAGCUUAUUAUAAAAGUAAGAUAGAAGGUUUAGUAAACAGCUUAGAUCCAAAGUAUCGAUCAUCUGAAGUUGAAAGAACUAUGAAACUUGAGAAACAAUUAACACAAGUUUUAAAAGAAAAUAUUCAACUUCAAAAUCAAUAUGAAGAAUAUUAUCAAAAAUCCAUUAAUGAGAAUUCAUUUCAGGAACCUAUUAAGCCACAU